AGACGAUGCCCGCACCGUUGAGCAGUUGAAAUGUAAAAUCUGUCUGUCGCGGUAUGCCAACACGCUGAUCAGUCCGUGUAAGCAUUUGGUCAUGUGCGGACAGUGCGCCAAAGCGACCCUAGACCGAGGAAGCCUCUGCCCGUACUGCCGUCAGCCUGUUGAAGCCGUCACGUCACUUUAUUUUACUUGAUACAUUUUGCUGUUCUGGAAAAUUGUGUGUGACAAAAUGUUGCACUGCAAAAUGUAGCAGUUGCAUUCUGCUGAUACUAUAUAACUGUAAUAGUUUUAUUCUGCUUUCCUUUUUUCUCUACUUGCUUUCAUUCGUUGUUGAUUCUUUAAACGUAAUGGAUAAUGGAUGAUCUUAAUGCGUUUGAUGGCGAAGCUCUUUGGGAUAAAGUUUUAAGUGACCUGGAAAUUCAGCUGCAGGACUAUAAUGUUCUUACGACUCCGACAACAAUUACGCAACAACAACAACAACAGCAACAACAGCAACAGCCAGAACUACACCUUCAAUCAAGUCCGUGGUCUCCACCACCCAUUCAGCCGAUUUUUAAAGAUGAAGCAACUGGUGCGGAAAUCUGCCACCACGUGGGUGACCAGAUAUUCCGUUUAACACCAUUAUAUGGCCGCCUGGAAGACUUAAAAAGCAUUGAUCCAGUGCAAGGAUAUAUUGCCCGCUACGAAUACUACAAGCAGCGCCAUCUCUACAUUAUUCUGUCGCCACAUAACACUCUGCAGCAACCUACAGCUCUACCUGGUGAUCAACAACUUCCCGAUCCAUUACCCAUCACAGAUCAGUCGCUGUCGGUUUCAACAGCACCGCUUUCCGUUCCGUUCUCUGUUGUCACUACAUCUCCGACUGCUGAAGUUGCUGGACCCAGUACCUCUGCACUUCCAUCAUCGUCAAAAAAUACUGUUACUGCAGCGCCAGCGGAUUCUGGGGACCAGCAUCUCGUGCCACCUGCCAAGCGUAUCAGAUUAGCAAACGCUGAAUCCGUGGACUGGCUCUACCAGACCUUUACUGAUAAACGGGACGACCGGACCUUCCGAAGUUAUUCACAGUACCGCGAUGCGUAUAGCAUCUUUGUCAGAAAAGGAUCCAAUAAUCCUUUCAUGGCUUUUUACCGGUUGCAUAAAAAAUCCAACGUACAGUUCGUUAUUGCCCGCCAUAAAAAUACGCGGUGCAAUGAACUGGUUGUCGGAAUGGAUAUUCUGGAAAAGAUUGUAGAAUGGACCAAUACGCCUGCUUUUGCAAAGUACCGCCAGAAAACAGUCUCCGCCUCCACCGCCAAUGCGCAUCCGGAAACCCUAUCUUGGUGCAUUAUCGACACCACGUCCAAUACCCAAGCAGCUUUUGUUCAUGAAAACCGUACUACGACUGCCUCUGAUGACUCAGCCAUGUCUGUACGUAUCAGAUCUGGCGAUACCAUAAAAAAUUGUGUUGAUAUAAAGUCAGAUGAGUUAGAAUUUGUGAAGCAGUGUCAGGAACACUUUUCUGUCAUUAAGAACCAGUUGCUGUGACCUUUCUGCUUGCAAAAAUGCCUCGCAUAGCUGCUGACGCUGCUGAUUCAGUUGAUUCUAAUAAUAAUGAUAACGAUACUAAUGCUGUUGAUGAUGACGAUGUUACCGAAGACCCGCUUCAUAUA